UAGUGCCCGAGGCGGCUCCGGUUGGGAGAGCCCUUCGCCAGCCCCACGGGGACCUCUGUGCACGGAUGGACCCGCCCGGACCCGGCGGGAAGCGGCCUGGCAGGCGGCGGCCCCGGCGGCGUCAGCAGAGGGAGGACAGGGCCCGGGCCGCGGGUCCCUGAGGCGCGCGGGCCCACCGGGCCCGGCGUUGGCACCAUGAUGCCGGGCGAGACCCACUCGGCGGCGCCCGGGACGGCGGCGGACCUCUCGCGGUGUCAGGGCUGCGCCUCCCUGCAGCAGAAUUUAAAUGAAUACGUUGACGCAUUAAUUACCUUGAAGCAAAAAAUCAUUAAUACAGAUAAUUUAUUAACAGAAUAUCAGAAGAAAUGUGAUGAGCUGCAGUUUGCAAGAAGAGAGAACAGUACUCUGCAUCACCAAGUGGAACAGAUGCUUCAAAAAAUCUCUCCUCUGCAGAAAUGUCAGGAAGAACUGGGAUCUUUAAAAGCAGAGCUGGAGGAGAAGAAGAGCUCUCUGAAGUUGUACCAGGACACUCAUCAGGAGUACGCGCGUGUGAAAGAAGAAUGCUUGAAAACAGAUGCUCAGAAGAAGAAACUAGAAGCCAAGGUGAAGAAGCUGGAAGAGGCUGCUGUCAAGCAAACUCAGGACUUCAAGCAACUGAGGAAUGAGAAGAAGAUAUUGGAAAAGGAAUUCAGGAAGACACAGGAACGGCUUGAUGAAUUCUCUAAACAGAAAACUGAAAAGGAGUUGAGACAUAUUGGGACACAAAUUUCAAGUGAUUCUUACGGAAGCAUAGAUAAAAGAAAAGUAAAACUACUUCUGAAGGAACUCUGGCUCUGUAUAAACACAACACACAGACUACCUGGUGAAGGCAGCAGAUGUGUCCCAGAGAAACCUGCCAAAGAAACCCCCUCCGUACCCGUACCCGGAGAGUCCAGAGGCGAUGGUGCACCCCCUCCUGCGGGGGGCGGUCCCCUCAGAGCCGCCGCCGUGCAAACGUGCCUGACGGAGCUGUCCAUGGAAAUAGAGGGCGACUUCUCUGCCUGUCAGAGUGUGGGCAGAGAGGGGCCCAGCGCAGCUGCUCAUGGCCCUGGCCCUGGCCUUGACCCUGACCCUGGCCCUGGCCCUGACCCUGACCCUGACCGCGUGUCUGCCGAGGGCCCGAAUCCUGAAGUCUCCGUGCAGAGGAAUGACGGGGACAGCGCCAGCUUCUCUGAACGUGAUCGCUUUUUUGACGAAGAUCUCCAGGCCGCAGUCGACUUCUUCAAACUCCCCCCUCCUCUUUUGUCUCCGGUGCCGUCACCUCCUCUGGCACCCCCUCUGCCGUCCCUGCCACACCUGAGCACCUUACCUUCUUCACUUGCCCCCGAAACCUACUUUGGCGACUCUACCGAUUCCAGUGAUGAUGAGUCAUCCCAGCCUGGAAAGUCUGCUGCGUCUGUUUCGGAAGACGAGGCGCCUGCAUCACGUUACUUUGGCUCAUCCAGGAAAAGUGAAGGCAACAGGGAUACGUGGGAGCAGACGCUCACUUCACGUGAAGCCACCCGAGCUCUGACUAUGUUGGGAGUAAAUGAAGUGACAGCGCUUGGGUUUGGGACAGUUGCAGCAGCCCUGAGGGAGCCUUCAGUGACUCGCUCCUUCACUCACCAGGAACCCUGGGCAGUGUCCUCUGAACCCACAGGUGACGGGAAGAGAGGCAUUUUAGACGAGGCACAGAGACACAGAGAGGGUAGGGAAGUGGACAAGUCGGUGCAGACUGAGAGCACACUCGAUGGCACCCUCGGAAGCGUGCACGUGGGGAUGUCCAGCAGCCGGCACCAGGACGGGGCAGCGGCCCUCUGCACUGCUGAUGGGCGCCACCCCCCCCUCGGCAGCAGACCAUUCAGUGAGCUCGUGGAAUCCGAAGGAAAAACCCUACUGUCCGAAAUGAUAGGAUCACCCACAUCACAGUUUACUGCAUGGCCACUAACUAACGACAUCCCUCUUGAAUCACAUCACGUGUCCAUUUCUGACCACUUUCAGGGAAUGUGUGGGGUAUUGGGAAAAGACAGAGAUGUUCGAAGGUUCAUUUUAGGAGCCUCGCCUGAACCCGCAGACGACGCGGGUCAUGCGGUGGGCACCACGGGACCUGGUGUUGACGCCAGGCCUCCCUCCUCUUCUACCUCGCGAGCGUCGUCUGUCUGCAGUGACUCCCAGCCUUUCUCUGAUACACACAUUCUUGACACAGCCCCUGCCGAGCUGCAGCUCUCAGAACACAGGUUACAAGCUGAAGCCUUCUCCCUGCUAGGCCUGCAGCCUGAGCCCGCAGAGUGCCCUGCUGGAGGGAACUGUCUGGAAAAGAGCUCGUGUGCUUUGAGCCCUGAGUUGGGAACAUCAGAUUCUAAUAAUCUAAGUAGCAGUGCGGUCAAGUGCACAAACCUUGUGAAAGGCGGGCCCGGAGUCUGCUCGCUUCCACAGUCAGUAUUUAUAAAAGCUAUGAAAGAGGCGCAGUGUCAAAGUCAGGCUCCAAGAACUGAGGCCACCCUGACGAGGGCGGAUUCCACGUCGUUGGCAGAGUCUCCGUGCAGCUUGACCAAGAGUGGGUUUGGUCUCACUAAAAGCCCCUCCUGGCACCACAGUGACCUGUUAAGGAGAGGGAGUGAGGAAAGGCUGAGAGCUCAGUCAGAACACGAACAGCAGCCUGACCGCCAGUCUCAAAAGGCAGCUCCGGCCUUGGACAACAGGGGCCCGGCGUCCCAGCCUGAGGCUGCCAGAGAAAACAACCGUGUGGGGCUCGGGGCCGCCGCAGCGCUGUUGCCUAACCAGGUGUCGGUGAUCACCAAGCAGGCCAGGGCCGGCGCAGCGCAUGGCCCCAGAUCGGAGCCCCGGGGACCGCAGGGGACCGACCCCGUCUUCAUGGUGGCAUCUGUAGCGGGACGUGGCGGAGAGAGAGAGGACCCUGCCCGAAAUAUGCCGGCAGUGGCUGCUCCAGGGGGGACCUCGCCCCAAGUUUCUGCCUCAAGGAGAAAACUAGAUUUCAGUUGUCCAAGCGGUUCUUUACCUGUAGAAAGUUCUCAGUGUUCCACCAGUAGCAAACCGUCUUUCUCCUGUGAAAACAUCCCAGUACCAAAGCAGGACGUCCUGGCGGGAGCCUCAGCACAGGAAGCGGUGCAGGAGCCGGGCCUGCUCCUCCGGGCCCCGGGGCUGGGCUCGUCCCGGCCGGCCGUGGGUGGGCGCCUUCCACCCGCGCCUGCGGCGAGAAGCUUUCCUGCUGGAGAAGCGCCGUGUGGGGGCUCGGUCACAUCUGGCGGGGAGGCCCCGGCCGUCUCCCAGGACCCUGCCAGCGGGCGGCAGAGCCUGAAGGGGUCCCUGGAGCUGCCAUCGCGGGCUCCGGGCGCUACUUCUCCUGAAGACCCUGGCACCACGGGGACGGCGAGUCUCAGGAAAGACGGAGAGACGCGCGGGGGCCCCCAGGGCGGCCUGGCCGUGGCUCCGUGCUGUUACACGGGCAUCCGGGAGGCGGCAGGGGGCGACACAGAGGUGGAGGAGAGUGAGGCGCCCAGUGGCAGCGAGGGCGAGAGUGAGCCCGAGGCCCUGAUGGGGGACGCCCCGCUCGGGGCCGCCGGCGCCCCCAGGGAAGGAGUGGGAGCCCUGGAGGCCGGCGCGGCGGAGAGCAGGCCUUCCGUGGAGGUGGGGUGCCUGACGUCGGCCCUGCAGGACUUCAACAUCAGUACUCUCUCGGAGAUAGACGGCCUUUCUACGUCCGAGGUCGUUAUGUUUCUUGAGAGUUGUCAGCUGAGAGAUUAUAGCUCGGGGGACUCUGUUUCCGAGUGUUCUAGCAAAGGAACCCUGAGUAAGGAAAUGAGCAAAGAAUUGAAGCAAGGCGAGCUCUCAGGAGAAAAGUACAGGAAGCAGCUCUGUGAAGAAGAGGCGCUUGAGGCCUCGGAGGGGUGGGUCGAGUCUGACGAGGAGGUCGGGCCCCUGCGGGGCGCGCCGCGGCUCUCCCGGCGCUCCCUGGAGACGCUGUCUGAGGUCCUCAACACGAUUGGCCAGGAGCUUGAGGCCUCCCCUGGCAAAGAUGCUACGGAUUUCAUGCUCCUCAAUAUGCACGAGGCCGGGGCCGCCGGGCCUGCCGGAGAGCACAGCCCACCUCAGGAAGCCCAGUGCCUCGCGCCACACCCCUCAGGUUCGCCCCCUGCGGCCGCCACGGACGGCUCCCCCGGCAGCGGGGCCGCGGGGGACAGAAACGCUCCCGGCGGCCCUGAGGCUGACUUGCACCUCAGCAGCCUGAUUGGUGGGGGGGCAGAGGGCCUGUUGGAAGCGGCGGAGCCCUCACCCCUGCACGCCGACUCCGGAACAGGGCAGACAGCAGAGGCCGGCGCCGAAGGGGAGGCAGAAACGACAUUCCAGUGCCAGAUCUCCACAGUGACCUCCAAAGUCAUAAACGUGCUGAUCAACAAGGAUCAGAAUCUGGUCAUUGAGAAGGGGGACCACUGGACUAUCAUCAAUGGGGUAGCUCUCAUGCCAAACGUGGACCAGGUUAUACUGUGUGACUCGCCCGAGGACCUCCCUGUGUCCCCGGAGCCAGGAGCCCCGGGAGCUGGUUUCAUUUCCAUCACUGCCGUGGACGAGCCCCCAGAAACCGAGCAGCCCGGCCCCGCAUUUCUGGAGCCCCAGGGCACCAGCCCCGCAUUUCCGGAGCCCCAGGGCGCCAGCCCCGCGAGUGCCCAGGAGGAGAUCUCCGGCAGCAGUCAGAGCACCAACUUCGAUAAGAGUCGUUUGCGCAAUCGGCCGGUCAAACCUAGUGUGAGGCUCAGCUCCGAAAUCUACGACCAGAACUUUGAGUCUCAGGUGGUUGCGUCUGAUCACACGUAUUUUAACUCAAAACUAGAGCCAUUCGGGAAGAAUAAGAAUCGAUCAAAGGUGUCCAGCAAAGAUCAGUCAAACAAGCCAGCCAAGACGUCAGCAUCAAGCCGAGUUGAAGCUAAUCCGAGUGAAGGCUCCCAGUCAUUUCCAGGGGAGAGAGAGAACACAAAGACCCAGAGAAACCAAGCUCAGACCAUCCUAGCCAACGCGGACACGUCGACCCCCACAGACUCUUCUGACACCCUGAGUAAGAUACGGCAGGAGGUGGGGCCCCCUCUGCCACCCUUGCUCGCCCCUUUGGUUGCUACCCCCCCACGGACGUCCCAGCUGGUGUCUCCUCUGAUAGCUGCUUCCUCUCCCCCCUCCCCUGCCUCUCCGAUCGGCCCCCUGUCUCCCUUGUGUGAGAUCCCAGUGCCUCCCAUGAUGUCCCCUUUGCCAGAGGAGCCUGGAUGCCCCUCGCCCCCGUGCACGUCUCCAUCCCCAUCCACCGCACCAGCCGGCGAGAGGAUCCUGUCCUCCCCUCUGCAGUUCUGCGCUGCGACGCCAAAGCAUGCCCUGCCCGUGCCGGGCCGCCUGCCCCCUUUCGCUCCUGCCCACUCGGCCGUGGCCGGGCCCCAGGAGAAUUCGGUCAGAAUCCUGGACACCAUGUACCCAGAGUUGUCGGCCAGGGCCCGCACCCUUAACAUCCUCAAAGGGAACAUCCAGCUCACUCGGGGCCCGCCUGCCGACUGCAAGAACUUACCAGGGCCCGUCAGCGCCAUCACGGGAUUCAAAGCAAUCACAUCAACAUCAACCGCCUUUGUGAAAACGGGGGGCAGCUCUGGGGGCGACUCUGAUCAGGAUAGGCCGAGAGAUGCGGGGACUCACCAGGACUCCGGUGGGAAAAGGACGUUGUCUGCAGCUACGCUGAGGAGCGCCAAGAGAUUGCGGCUGGAUGGUGGGUCCCCAGAACCAGAGCCUGGGAGCAGCACCACGGAAGGAGUCCCCAGGACCCCCCGAAGGGGCCUCCCUCAGGCUGACGGCCCGGCGACGGAGGAGGAGCGAGGUGCUCUUCUCACGGUCAGCACCGCCUCCCAGGUGCCUCCAAACCCGAAGGAAACGGUAGAGUCCCACGACAAAGCCAUAGCGGACGCGCUGAAGAAGAUCGCGGAGUCCUCCUUUGACCUCCUGCCUGUCAUUCGGAGUCACGUGUAUGUGGGAAACAUCUCCAAAAAGCCCGUAAUGAGAGAUCAGGAGAAGGAGGUCGUGUAUGAGUUUAGCACAACCAAAAAGCAUCUAGCAGAGUGCUUGCUUCACUCCAUUCUCUCAGAACUGAAGAUCCAGAAGAUCUCUCUGGAACGCAGUUACAUCCAUGCGCUCUGCAGAGUGUACGUGGGAAUAUGCCGGCAGCUGGGGGACCUGGAGCGCGCCCGCCUGUUCUGCUACAGCCUGCUGAAGGAAGAUUUUCCAGAAUCCGAAAAAUUGACUUUGUUCAUUGCAAACAUGUGGCAUGAUAUAUUUAUUUCCCAGUCGGUGAUUAAUAAGGCAAUGCAACUGGUCGCCAGGCAGCGUGCUAAAGGAGAGGUUCGCAACUGUCUGAGAGCAUUUCUCAACUGGGAAAAGAAUGCUCCUGUGGAUGUGGGUUUCAUGGUUUCUAAGCUGCUUUUGACCAUACAGCUGUGUCCAAAAACAGAAUUUCAGUCCAGUGAAAAAUUUGGCGAAGACCUGAGUGAUAACACCUGGGAGUACAUAUUUGCCAUUGACCUGCUGUGCUGCCACCAGCGGUGGAUUUGGACGCAUGACAACAUCAUCAGUAAAGAGCUGUGGCCUGUAAUGGAUAAGUGGAUAAAAUACCGAAAAGGACACGCAAACAUCGCAUAUACUCCUGACAUUAUUAUAGCAUCGAUUCUGAGGCUGAUUGGUCGGUUAGGCCAGUUGGGCUUGAAGGAAGGGUUCCCAUCUGCUGUGAAGAAUAUCAGUUCGGUUAUCGGCAUGUUUAUCCAGCACGCCCAGGAUGAAGAUAUACCGUGGGGCAUACAGCUGGCGGCCGUGUACGCGCUGUGCGACCUGAGUCCCAGCAACCCGGCGGAGAUCUCGCGCAUCCUGGAAGCCUGGCGCAGGGAGACGUCCCACAGCGUGCCGUCGGCCGUGCUCAGCUGCCUGGAGGAGGUCAGCUCCCUGUGCGCCGAGGACGUGGGCUAGGCCGCGGGCCCUGCGCCUAGAGAAGUGCCUUCAGUGUCUCCAGCACGAACAGACGAGUCAGCCCUUAGAACCCGGACUGGGGUUUCAGAAAGAAAGUCGUAGAAGACCGAAAGCGCCCAGAUGCCCCCGUCGCCGUGGGGAGGACAUGGAAGCCAGCAGGGGCCGGGCCUUCCCCCAAACCGCGUACAUUUCACUUAAGGCUGUUGUGAUUCCAUGACAUGUGGGUUGUGUUAUUGUGUCUUGGUCAAACAACAAAAACUUGAACUUAGCCCUUUUUUGCUGCAGAAAGUGUCCUUUUAGUCGCUUUUUAAAAUUGAGUGGCAUUUUAUAAUGAAUUUAAUAUAAAAGCAUUGAUUUGGUUCCUGAGCUAAUUUUGGACGUUGCGCUGAAAUGAUUGACUAGGAAAGAAUGAAUGGCUAAGAAAGACCUAGAAGACUUCCACGGUGUGAGCCGGAAAGGGGCUACAGAACUGUUUCUCCAGUAGGCACAGCACGAGCCACAGGAAGCCCCGGGGGAGCCUUCGAGCCCCGCCGCGGGGCGUCUCCUUCCGGUCCCCGCAGUUCCGUAGAGCCGUGUCACUGCAUCAGGACCAGGAGCGCCCAGGAGCGGAAGGUCACGGGCAAGGUCGUGUCGCGUCGCUAUCUGAAGGAGUCGGAGGCGGGCGCGGCCAGGCCUCUGUGUGUGCCGUGUACAUGUGGACAGUGCUAUAAUGUGUUUCACAUUUGAUGAUAUUCCACUUUCGGAAUUGUAGUAUUUGUACAUAGAAAAUGGGUUUAAUAACUCACCGUGGUUCCGAUUUGUCUUAUACUCAUCAUUUCUUAAAACUCUUGUAUGUGUUUUUUAUAAUAAAAAAUAAAAAGUAA